GUACGAACACUCGUGCCCGCGCGGUCGUUUCUUUAAGAAGACAGAAUUUCGAGCGGCUUUGUAGAUCCUCCGUUGAUUAUUUCCAUGGUCGCGAAUGGCAAGAUCGUGCGUGUCUCGACGCGCGAGACGAUCGAGCUGCAUAUCCUGGCCCUCGUCUACGGUCUGUGCCUGAUAUUUCGACGAUUCCUCAAAUGGGUGUGGGACCCGAAGAAGUUCUUCAUGUCGCGACAGCGCGACCAGCCGCCGUCGUGUUUGGUCGACAACAGCCUCGGCACGCAUUCCUACGUGAAAAUCAAGGGUGUUAAAUUCCAUUAUGUGGAAGCGGGAGACAAAAGUAAACCACUCGUGUUAUUAUUACAUGGAUUUCCGGACUGCUGGUUGUCCUGGAGGAAACAGAUCCCAUGUCUCGCGGAACACUACAGAGUAGUGGCUAUAGAUUUAAAAGGAUUCGGUGAUAGCGACAAACCGCUCAACAAGCGCUCUUACAAACUCGAAAUUUUAAUAAGCGAGUUGAAACAAUUCAUUUUGACUUUUGGGGUGAAGACCUGCAGCAUAAUCGGUCACGAUCUAGGAGGACUUCUGGGAUGGUACAUGGUCGCUCUACACAGAGAUCUCGUUUAUAAAUUUAUAGCCAUUUCGAGUCCGCAUCCUAAUUUCUAUUGGAAUAGGGUAUCAAGAAAUUCUAUUUUAGACAGAAAGUGGCUACAUUUUAGUAGAUUACCAUUUUUGCCAGAGAUAGAUGCGCUUAAAGAGGACUUGUCCAUUAUCGAUGAAAUAUUUCAACAUCUCCAAGAUGACAUAGAAAAAAGUUACGUCGAGGCGUAUAAAUACACCUUCAGUAGGAAAGAAGACUGGACAGGACCGAUUAAUUAUUAUCGCAACCUACCAUUCGCAAGACUGAAUAUAGAUAGCGGCGAACAGAUAGAUAACAAAACGCUACUUCUAGUCGGAAAUAUGGAUCCUUUUGUAACAAUAGAGAGCAUUAUUCAAAGUGCCGAACACGUAGAGGUAUCUAGGGUUAAAGUUAUACCACAGGCGCAACAUUUUCCGCAUCAAGAAAAAUCGGAUGCCGUAAAUAAGGCGAUCAUUAAAUUUCUAAAAGGUACAACGUAUAAUUUGGCGCUUUCAAAAACGCCCGUAAAAAGUCUCAUGUCUUCCUGGCUAGGAUCUUUAGGUAACACGGUUAAGUAUGGCAAUCAAAUGAUCGACGCUAUGCACAAACGAACUAAUGACAUUGUGAAUGUGUUACCGAAUAAAGCACUUUAUUUGGGACAAACAAGUUAAAUGGUGUUAUGUAACAGUGUUAUGUUAUUUAGAACUUUGUACUUCAUUACAACGAUACGUAUAACCUAUCUAUGUUAACGCUGACUACG